AUGGCAGAAUCGCGUGGGACGCCUGGUUCUUUCACUCUCCCCCUUCCUUCGGCACGGCAAUCUCUGUUGGACUUCCCUCCCGGCAUCUCACCAUCUCCAUUAGUGACGAUAGCUACCACGCCAAAUCGGUUUGUGACAGGCCUGACACCGUCGUCGAAUCUGGAGGCAGAACCAAAUCCUUUCGAAUUCAGCUUCUCCGCUCAACAGCAGGGCAAGCGCGCUGAGCCGCCAAGCGGGUCCGGCUUCGCGUCCAGUCCCAACCCUAUUCUUCCCCCACUGAUACCCACGUCGAGAGCUCCGGACAACUAUGGCUUCAGGACUGGUUUCACCCCAGGGCCAGGAGGAAUGGGAAUGCUCACACCUUUGAGUGCCACGCUAGCGUCUCUGGGCCUACCACUGCAUCCGAAUCCAUCACAGCACAUUAGUCUCCACGAUCCCCAUCACCAGCACCAGCAUCAUCAGCAGCAGCAGCAUCACCACCAGCAUCCGUUACCAUCACACGAUAUGCAACCUCACCGGCCAAUGGAAUUUGUGCAUCCGGCUCCGCGCGGUCCAGUGGCUCAUGUCGCGUCCGACAUACCUCGAGGAAUGGUCCCUCCUGCAUACAAUUACCAAGAUCAAAUACCACAUCAGCAAACGGUCCCUAUGGUUGCUGUGCAUCCCGGCCUCCCGCAGAACAUUAUGCCGGAUCCGACGCAACAGUACUCAAUGUCCGCACCACACCAGCAUCCACAAGCGAUGAUGUACAUGCCGCCAGACCAACACAGACCACCGUAUCUUUCUGAAGCGCCUCACGAAACGAUGAGGCCCGACCAAUCCCGCGCUGCGUACGAACCGACAUCGCCGCAAGUAGCUGCCGCUGCGUUGCUAGAUAUGCGGAACGAUACCGAUAGGUCGAGAAAACCGGUUCCUCCCACUCCGACAGCUACUCAGUGGCUUGCAGAGGAACUGCUCCCGAACAAACAGUCUGCAGCAAGGAAGAGCGACACGAAGACAUCUAAGAAACGUGGGCGAGGUCAUGAGAUGCCUGCCGCGGAGACAGUGGAAACGCCAGGGAGGCCUUCAAAGUCUAGCAGCAGCAAACGGCAUAACAAUGGUGGCACAAAGAAAAAGGCGGACUCGGAACCGUCGAAGACAUCUGGCUCGUCGAGCAAGGGCGACGGUGAGGAGGGAGAGAAAUCUGAUGAUGAUAUGGACCCGGAAGAGAAGCGGAAGACGUUCUUGGAACGAAAUCGUCAGGCGGCUCUCAAAUGUCGUCAAAAGAAGAAACAGUGGUUGCAAAGUUUGCAAGCUAAGGUCGAUCAUCUCACCGAUAACAACGGAGCGCUGCAAAGUCAAGCCACACAGUUGCGAGAAGAGAUCCUCAACCUUAAGACGUUGCUACUCGCCCAUCGUGAUUGUCCAGUUGCGAAACAGAACGGCCUCGACAUUGCUGCGAUCGAGUCCGCCUUGCCCAUCAGCAGUAUCCAGCCUUACCCAUCAAGGAUGUACUAG